UUCAGGUUUGUAAGGGAGCAUGCCAUUUAUUUUUUUUUCCGUUCUUCAUUUCUUAAAGAGAUCGAACACUCUGCUAAAUGAUUUGGUUCAUUUAUCAGGGUGCAUUUCCAGAGAUCCUGGAGAAAACAAAAGAGGAUUUCUUCUCAAACACUAUCAUCAUACUUGGAGAAUGUGCAGACAUAAUUCAUGAGAGAAUCAAGGAUAUCCCCUGCAUUACUUGCCCGCAAAAGCCGGAAGGAUCCAUGUUUGUAAUGGUCAAGCUGAACCUGUCUCUAUUGGAAGACAUUGAUGAUGAUGUAGAGUUGUGUAUGAAGCUGUCUAAAGAGGAAUCAGUGAUUGUCCUUACAGGUGUAGCUGUGGGAAUGAAGAACUGGCCUCGAGUAACUUUUGCCAUUGAUCGACCUUCUCUCGAAGAUGGACUUGGAAGGAUCAAAGCCUUCUACCUGAGGCAGAUGCUAAGAAGGAAUAAAGACUUCAUCUCAGAUCAAUUCAAUGCUUGUUGA